AUGAGGUUUAGUAACUAUUUGGCACUUACAACUUUGGCUCCAUCAAUAUUUGCUGCUGCAAUGUUUAAAAGAGAUAAAGGAGGAUGUCCCGAUCAUUGCAUUCAAACUACAACAGUUACUUCAAUUUCUUAUAUUCCUUAUUGUUCAAAAUCACAAGAUUUUAGUUCAAUUACCCAAACUUUACCUUCAUUUGUUUCAUCAUCUGCUACUUUGUCACAAUCAUCUCAAUUCUCUGAAAGUUCAUCAAUUUUAGAUACCACAAAAGUUUCUACUGGUUCAUCGUUAUCAUCAAAUACUGCUGUUUCAUCUACUACUACUUCUGAAAUUCCUGCACAAUCUACUACUUUAGUUACCACUUCUUCAUGUGAUGCAAACGGAGCUUGUUCAACUAACGUUCAUUCAACUGGUAUUAAUAUCAUUACAAUCACUAUUACAGCUCCAAAUGGUCAAACUUCAGAAAUUUCUACAACUUCAUUAGUUCCUUUAACAAGUACUCAAGUUGUUACUUUAGGUACAAGUUCAACUGAUAUUGUUUCUACUGGUUCAAGUUCAACUUCAAGUUCAGAUUCUGCUAUUUCUACUUCAAUUAUUUCUGGUUCUAUUACAACUCAAGAAAAUGGAGAAACCAAUGGUUCAUCUGGUCCAUCUACUGUUUAUACUACCCAAUCAAUUCAUACAGCAACCUCGACCCAUACAAUCACCAGAACUCAAUGUGAAAAUGGUCAAUGUUCAACUACUUUACAAGAAACUGGAAUCACUGAAUUAACUACCACCAUUCAUAACAUUAAAACAAUCUACACUACUUUCUGUCCAUUAACAUCAACAGAGAUUUUAACUUUAACAUCAGGUGGAAAUCCAUCACCAAGUACAUCAACUAAUGAUCAAAACAAAGGUGAUUCAACUUCAAUUUUACCUACUACAGGUUCAACUUCAUCAACUACAGCAAUUUUAACGACCACUACAUCUGAAAUACCAGCCCAAUCUACAACAUUAAUUACUACUUCAUCAUGUGAUGCAAAUGGAGCUUGUUCAACUGCCGUUCACUCAACUGGUAUUAAUAUCAUUACUAUAACUGUUACAGCUCCAAAUGGUCAAACUUCAGAAAUCUCAUCUACUACUUUAGUUCCUUUAACAAGUACACAAGUGGUCACUUUAGGUACAAGCUCAACUGAUAUUGUUUCAACUGGUUCUGGUUCAGAUUCAGGCACUUCAAGUAUCGCUUCCACCACUCCUGGUUCAGCUACAACUUCUGAAAUACUAGCCCAAUCUACAACUUUAAUUUCUACUUCAUCAUGUGAUGCUAAUGGUGCUUGUUCAACUGACGUUCAUUCAACUGGUAUUAAUAUCAUUACUAUAACUGUUACAGCUCCAAAUGGUGAAACUUCGGAAAUUUCUACAACUUCAUUAGUUCCUUUAACAAGUACUGUUAUUAUUACACCAAGUUCAAGUUCAAGCUCAUCCAAUACCAAUGUUGCAACUACCACCACUAAUUCAAAAUCAACUGAAAAUACUUUAGUCUCUACAUUAUCAAGUACAGCUUCAAUUUCAACUUUUACUUCAUUAUCAACUCAUACUGCUACAAGAACACAUACAUUAUCAAUAACUAGCUGUAAUGAAAAAGGUGGAUGUUCAACUUCAUUAGUUGAAACUGGUAUUACUGAAAUAACAACAACUAUUCAUGAUAUAGAAACUAUUUACACAACAUACUGCCCUUUAACAUCAACUGAAACUUUCAUUUUGACUACUUCAAAUAUACCUGCAAGCUCAUCUACUACAAAUGCAGUAUCAUCAAACUCAAAUUAUGUUAGUUUAACUUUAAGUACUCCUGAAUCCAGUUCAAUUACAACACCUUCAUUUGUUUCAACCACCAAUUUAGUUUCUUCAUUACCAUCAAGUACUUUAAUCAAAUCAUCAUCAUCAUCAGGUACUGUUGGUACUCUGAGUGUUUACUUAUCAGAAAGCUCAUUAUUAAUUUCUUUUACCACCGCAAGUUCAUUAAAUUUAGUUUCAGCUUCAACUUUCCCCAAUGUAAAUAGUGGAUCAGCUUCAUCUUCAAUACCACAAAGCAUCGUUACUGGAUCAAGUACUGGAGUUUCCUCAGUUUACUCAUCUAUCCAAUCAAGUGUACGUGAAUCCUCAUUAAUUUCAUCAUUAAGUGCUUCAACUAUUGGUUCAGUAUAUCCAUCAAGUUCAAUUGAUGCUACAACAGACUCAACUACAUCAUCAACUGACUUGUUGACCAGUUAUGUUACUCAUACUGCAAAAACAACAGCUAUUUUAACAACAACUUAUUGUGGUGAACAUGGUUGUUCUAGAACUCAUAUAACUACUGGUAUAACAGUCGCUACUACUACCAUAUCAGAUAUCGUCACUGAAUUUACGACUUAUUGUCCUUUGACUUCUACUGAAACCACUAUUUUAUCAAGUACUUCAAGUCUAGGUUCAUCGAGUUCAUUCGAUUCAAGUUUCGGACCAUCAAGUUUAGUCUCAAGUACCAGCGAAUCAGUUGUAGCUUCACCAACAUCAAGUUCAGCAUUAUCUACUCCAGUCUCAAUCAUAAUUUCAUCAUCAUCAUCAUCAGGUAAUACUUUAUCAAGUUCAAGUGAUAUCCCAUCUUUUUCAGUCCACUCAUCUAGUUCAGUAGUUGUUCCAUCAUCCAGUUCAGUAGUUGGUUCAUCAUCUAGUUCAAUUACUGUUUCAUCAUCUAGCUCUAUUACUGUAUUAUCAUCAAGCUCGGUGGUUAUUCCAUCAUCAAGCUCAGUAGUUGUUCCAUCAUCAAGCUCAGUAGUUGCUCCAUCAUCAAAUUCAUUCAUUGAACCAUCAUCAAGCUCAGUAGUUGCUCCAUCAUCUAGUUCAAUAUUUAUUACAUCAUCCAGUUCAGUAGUUGUUCCAUCAUCAAGUUCAGUAGUUGAUUCAUCAUCAAGCUCAGUAUCUAUUCCAUCAUCCAGUUCAGUAGUUGUUCCAUCAUCAAGUUCAGUAGUUGUUCCAUCAUCAAGUUCAGUAGUUGAUUCAUCAUCAAGUUCAGUAGUUGUUCCAUCAUCAAGCUCAGUAGUUUUUCCAUCAUCAAGUUCAGUAGUUGUUCCGUCAUCAAGUUCAUUCAUUGAACCAUCAUCAAGCUCAGUAGUUGCUCCAUCAUCUAGUUCAGUAUCUAUUCCAUCAUCCAGUUCAGUAGUUGUUCCAUCAUCAAGUUCAGUAGUUGUUUCAUCAUCAAGUUCAGUAGUUCUUCCAUCAUCAAGUUCAGUAGUUGUUCCAUCAUCAAGCUCGGUAGUUGUCCCAUCAUCAAGCUCAGUAGCUGGCUCAUCAUCUAGUUUAAUAAUUGCUCCAUCAUCUAGUUCAGUACUUGUAUCAUCAUCUCCAGUUCCAAUUUCAAGCUCCUCCACUUAUUCACCAAGUUCAAUUGACGCUACAACUGCUUCAUCAAGUUUGAUUGCAGCUCCAUUAACAUCAGCAACUACAAGUAAUUCUGAAAAUUGGUCUACCCAAUGGUCAACUACCUUUGUUACCCACACUGCUGAAUCAACUACAAUUUUAACAACAACUUAUUGUGGUGAACAUGGUUGUUCUAAAACUCAUAUAACAACUGGUAUAACAGUCGCUACUACUACUAUUUCCGAUGUUGUUACUUCUUUCACGACUUAUUGUCCUUUGACUUCUACUGAGACCACCAUUUUACCAACCUCAUCCAUUAUACCAACAUCAUCUGCAGCUCCAACUACACUUAAAUCAACAUUUUCCAGUUCAUCAUCAAGUGAAAGUUCAUCAAUCGAACCUUCCUCAAUUGAGCUUUCAUCUAGUGGAGUAUCUUUAGCAUCAUCGUCAAUUCCAAGCUCAUCUGAAUAUGUUUCUUCAUCAUUAAUUGCAUCACCAAGUAUUCCUUCAUCGUAUUUAUCUACCACCACUGAUUCAUCAUCUUCAAGCUCAAUCAUAUCAUCAUCAUCUCCAUAUACUUUCAGCUCAAAUACUGCACCACAAACCUUUUCAACAAUCCCAGCAACUAAAUCAGAUGAAACCAUCAUGACAUUGACUACAACCCAAACAGCCAAACAAACAACCGAGAUUACAAUAACUUCAUGUGCAAAUAAUGGAAAUGGAUGUGCUACUCAUACAGUCCAAACUGGUAUUACUGUCAUUACUGUAACUGAUUUUGAAACCGAUACAACCUACACAACUUAUUGUCCACUUACAACUACAAAACAAAAGUUUGUCUUAGCUAAAGUCCACAAUAAUCAUAAAAGAGAUGAUGUAAGUUUCGAAAUUUUUUCAACACAACUUCAAUCAACAAGUAUCAUUUUUGAUAAUUCAACUUCUCCAAUCAUUAUUUCAGAGGGUUCAGCUCCAAAAUUGAGAAGCUCUUUCGUUGGUGCUUUCAUUGGAAUUUUUGCAGCCAUUGGAUUAGUUUUUAUUUAA